AUCAUUCUCCAUUCUCAUCACCCAAAUAGUUUUUCAAUACAUCCAAACAAGGAUUUAAUAUCUUGUAUUCCUCAUUUUCCCAAUGGCUCAAACAAGUUCAAUAUCAAGUAAAAAAGUCUUUAAUGUUUUGGGCUUGCUCAGUCUUUUGAUUAUGUUCCAAAAUGCCAAUUCUUUCGAGUUCAAAGUUGGAGGUUCUGGAGAUUGGAGUGUCCCUUCAGAUCCCAAUAGUUACAACCAGUGGGCCGAGAGGAGUCGAUUCCAAAUUGGUGACAGUUUAUCUUUUAACUACCCUGCUGAUAAAGACUCAGUGCUUCUUGUAAACAAGGCAGACUAUGAUAAUUGCAACACAGCUUCUCCAAUUGAUAAGUAUAACGAUGGACACAGUGUGGUCAAGUUUAACCACUCUGGACCAUUCUACUUCAUUAGUGGGGUUCAUGACAACUGUGUCAAGAAUGAAAAGCUGCAUGCUGUGGUUAUGGCAGAUAGAAGCAACCGCAACCAAACAGCAGCAUCUCCUCCACCUUCCCCUUCAGCAGAUGAUGUUCCCCCGUCUCCAGCCCCGUCCGGUGAAGAGGCCCCGUCACCACCUACAGGCUCAGUAGAGAUCAACCCAACUGCUGCACCUUCUCAAGAAUCGUCUCCUCCAAAGAAUGGCGCUUCUGCAAUCGUCAUGAGCUUUAUAGGCUCCACUGCAGCUUUUAUUUGUUCUUCAUUCCUCCUAGGAUUCUGAUGAACAGUUGAUGAACUUGUUUGAUUUUAUUUUUAUUAUUUGAUUGUUGUUCUUUUCUUUGGGUUUCAAAUUUCAUGGUUUUUUGCCACUUUGCUCCCAGUGAAUGUAGCUGGGAGUAAAAGGGUAGAUUGGUUUGUAUUGGUUCGAUGAUGAGAAUAAAUAAUCUGAAUGUUGUGUAAA